CACACACAACUCUCCGCUCUCUUACCACUCGAUUCGUCUUUCUCCUUUCGGCCCCCCUUCUCCAUGUUCCACCCCUUCUCUCUCUGCUCGCACUUUUCUGUUUUCGGUUCCUCAGCGUGGCACGGCGUGGCAAGGUCGAGAUCUGAAGUGGGCACUUCGUCAUGGCCUCGGUCGCGACAGCCCUUGCGGUUGAUCUUGGUGGUUAUCGAUUCGACGGCUUAGAGGACUUCCAUGGUGAUCCUCCCCUUGCGGAUGGUGAUGGUGGCAUUAACGAUUUGAGUGAGGAUGGAGUACAAGAUGCAUACCUGUCGGAAUUACUGUCAUACAGUUUGGAGCGCUUGAACAAGGAGCCUGAGCUUCUUCGGGCAGAUGCGGACAGAAUCCGCCGGCAGAUGCAAGAGGUUGCAGUCUCAAACUACGGGGCAUUCAUAACUGCAGCAGAAUCCAUUCAAGCAAUUAGGAAGGAGAUAGCUGCUGUCGAUGCCCAUUUGGAGACACUGGUGAAUGAAGUGCCAAAACUGACGACAGGAUGCAACGAGUUCAUGGAAAAAGCCCAACACAUUUUGGAGAAGCGUUCACUCAACAACACCAUGUUGGCCAAUCACAACACUCUUCUGGAGCUUCUGAAGAUUCCUCAGCUUAUGGACACGUGUGUUCGAAAUGGGAAUUAUGACGAAGCAUUGGACCUUGAAGCGUUUGUUGCGAAGCUUGCAACCAUGCACUCAAGGCUUCCAGUCAUUCAGACGCUAGCUGAUGAGGUUCACCAGAUCACACAGGCCAUGCUUCAGCAGCUUCUCCAGAGAUUGCGUUCCAGUAUUCAGUUGCCAGAUUGCUUGCGGGUUAUUGGCUAUCUCAGAAGGCUUGCAGUCUUCGGUGAACAUGAGAUGCGGCUGCAGUUCCUUCGUUGCAGAGAGGCUUGGCUUGCUGACAUUAUCGAGGAGCUAGACCAGAGUAGUCCAUACGACUACCUCAAGCGUAUAACCGAGUGCCAUCGAGUUCAUCUUUUCGAUGUUGUUAUGCAUUACCGAGCUAUCUUUUCAGAUGACACGUCCGGGCAGGAGGAGGUCAAUGAUGGGGGUUUGGUUUACAGUUGGGCCAUGCACAGGGUCACUGCGUACUUGAAUGUUUUGCGAACCAUGCUUCCAAGGAUAUCUGAAGGCACAUCCCUUGAAAGCAUUCUUCAGCAUUGCAUGUACUGUGCAAUGAGCCUGGGCCGAGUGGGACUAGAUUUCCGAGGACUUCUGCCCCCACUUUUUGAAUCAUGCGUUUAUGACCUUUUCAAUCGAAACAUAUCAGUGGCGGUUGAGGCAUUUCAGCAUGCGCUAGCCUCCCAUAGGUGGGUACCACUACCUCCCAUGGGAUCGAGUCGGCUUUCUGGAGCAGAUGAUGGGUCUGAGGAUGUGGCGCCACCUUAUUCGUUGAUGGAACAUCCUCCCCUUGCGGCUUUCGUUAAUGGUGUGCUGGCUGCUCUGAAUGAGCUGCGGCACUGUGCUCCACUUUCUCUCCGGAGCUCUUUAGCUGGCACUCUACAGCAAGCUCUGAAGAACGUAACUGACACUCUCCUGCGUUUCAAUGCAACACGGAUCCUUAGAGACAGUGAGAAGUCGCUCUUCAUGGGAUUAUGUCGCGCUUUUGUGGAGAUUGCUGCUCCCUACUGUGCUGUCUGCUUUGGACGAUGCUAUUCGGGAGGAGCGAGCUUGCUGGACACCAGAACUGUCCUGGAGCCUGUGCGUAAACUGGUGAUGUUGUCAUCCGCUGCGCCGGAUGCCGGCCCUUCGGCGCGGAACGAGGUUCAAGCAGACGAUCCAGCUAAUCGUGACACAGGUGGCGGUGAGCGCGAUGAUAUCGACGAAGACAAUGAUUUAGAUGUUGAUCCAAGCACAAUCAACUUGGAUAAUGUUUAUGACGAAGAGGAAGGUGAUGAGAGAGCGGGUGGAGACUCGGCCACGGAGGGCGACGACGAUACAACCACGUGGUUGAAUGGAAAACAUUCCGGCAAGCCAGAGGGUGCACGGGUUUCCUCUCCGGUGAAGGUCUCUGUAAGCAAGUGUGGGGCACAACCGACUGUAGUAACUGAUUCCUCUCCCCCGGAUGUCAGAUAGAUAGAUAGCUUUCUAUUGCCAGGAGUUUUGUUCAGUGAAUUACAUAGUUUACGAGGAUGUUAGUAAAAUAAAGCGUUGCUGGCAAGGCUUGACCUUCAUUUGCUCAAUGCGGUCCGAAAAUAAGUCCGUUCUGACAUUGAUGCGACCCUCUGCCAUCGCCAUCCUGGCAUGAGCCCUGCCGGCUGGAGGAUGCAGCACUGCACGAUGGAGUUUUUUCAACCACCGGUCCGAUUCGCAGCUAUUUCGGUCCAAUGAGGCGGCUAACCCACCGUGUUAAACCACCAGUACCCCAGGGGCUCUUAGGCCCCCUCUGACGCAAAUGCAUAUGGACCCACGCGGCGCACAAUCGCCAUUAUCUUGGUCUGAGAGGCGAUUACGUAUGGCACUUCUUCUUUUCUUUUCUUCGAGCCUGAAUCGGACUAAGAUAGAGUCCUUAUUCAGCCUCUGCGUUAAUGCCUAAAAAUGCGGUAGGUACUGGUGGUUUAACAAGGGCGCGGCCUUCUGGAACAAAACAGUUGGCGGUAGACGGCAAAAAGAAAAUAAUUUUGCGCCUUGUUCGAACUUGAGUUUUUUUGGGUGUGCAGCAGUCAGGAAAAAAGGAGCAUGAAGGAGCUGGUGGUUUGAAGUGCUACUGGUGAUAAGGAGCUAGUGGUUUGAAGUGCUACUGAUGAUAUGCAGAGCUGUUGUGGACCAGUUCAAUGGACACCUGUGCCAAAGGAAAGUGCGCAUGAGGGAUCUACGCUUUCUCUCUUUCUCUUUUUCUCUUUCUCGUUUUCUCUUUCUCUUUUUCUCUUUUUUUGUCCAGGCACACACACACACGCCCAUUCUAUUCGGGGGUGCACCAGUCCAGUCACUUAUCAUCUUAGUGUGCCUCAUUGUCUGGUAAAGAGGCAAAGCUGUUUCAGUCUUGGAUCUACUCAUCUGGGUGGGCUGUUGUGUUGACAGUUUACAGCACACAGCCCUGUUUUUCAAUCUUGUCUGCUACAGAUCGCACCAAUGCAGUUGCUUAUCAACGGCAAGCAGGUGCAUGAACAAGAUACAGGGAAACAGCACGAGGGAUAACAGACGAAAAGAAGAAUACAGAGCCUGGCAUUUCAGAGGCACAAGCCAGAAGGGAUCUGCUCUUUCAUGGUGUUCCCGAGUUCUCGACAGGAGUUGUUAGCUGCACUCAAAGCCUGUUCCGCGAUUUGCAAUCUAACGAUGCAGACACUUGUUGUUCCCUGGAAGUGCCUUCUUGCAUGGCCGCGUUACACGGUGAGUGGGAGGCUCUUCAUUGCUAGGCUCUUCAUUGCUGCUUCGUCAGUUUGCCCUUUUUUCCUUUAUGAUAUUAUUAUUAUUAUGUUCAAUCAGUCUUCAGUUCUUGUUCCCUGCGGGUUACUCUUCAGUUCUUCAUUGAGAGGUAAGGUGCACUUGCCAUAUGGCAGCUAUUGUUGUGGAUCUGUAUGUGGUUGUGUCUUUCGAUUGAUCGAUUGAUGGAUAACUCUUGUGCCGUUGAGUGUGUGUGGUGUGGUUGUGUCUCUUUUUUUUCUGUGUGGUUGUCUUUUGAUUGGCCAAUUGAUGUAUAUCUCUUGUGCUGGUGAGCGUGUGUGUGUGAUUGAUUGAUGAGCCAAUUGGCUUCCCUUUGUUCUGUGCACAACAGGUUCUGAUUCCUUAUUUCUCCCAUCUCAACUGUUACCUCGUUGUGGUUGUUAGGAGGAUGGGUGACCAGUCGAACCCAUAGCUACCGUCUUCAGACUCUUCACUCAAAUAGAACGUCCGGUCAUUAUGGCCGCAUCUGGACUAAAAGUUGCCCCAAAUACGAAUAUAAUGGUCUGGCAUCCUAUUCGGGUGAAGACGGUAGUGCAAACUCUCUGGCCACGUGUUGCGCUUGCAAAGUUCGU